GGUGAAUGAGGGAAGAAUACAAGUACAACAAGAAUAAUCUUCGCGACGCAGUUAGGCCCAGGUAGACGCAGGAAUAUUCGCACCAUCAGCGUUUCUUUUUUGAACAUCUCACGCAUCCCGAAAAGUCGGAUUUGUUUGCAAACCGCCACGAUGUUGCCAGAACACGACCCUCCCAACGCGCCGACCCUCCUCUCCUCCUCCAGCAGCAUCGAGACGGACCACUACAGCAUGGAGCUGUUGGUCGCCAAGAUGGAGACCCGGCUCCAGACCUUCGUGCUCCAGCUCAUGAAGCCCAGCUUGGAAAAGGUCAACACGAUCCACGAGCAGUUCUGCCAGGUCCGCGACGAGCACGCGCAGCUGCGGAAUCUGGUCCAAGACCAACUCCCCGACCUACAGAAGACGGUACACCGCAACGCGAUCGCCUUCAAGUGUCAGAUGGACGAGGUGCUGGCCGUGGAGAUGCGGGAAAACAAGAAAACUUUGGAGGAAGAGCUCAACCACCGCUGCACCGCCAUCGAAAAACAGGUUGCCGAACUGGCGCAGCAGCACGUCGUCGUGAGUCGGGUGAGCGGGCUGGUGACCGCGCAAAGCGAGCAGUUGCAAAGGUUGUCGCAGCUAGAGGACCGGGUGAGGGAGCAGGAGGAGAAAUUAUGGGCCCAGCUGGAGACCGUGUCGGAGCGGAAAAAAGAUGCGGCUCUACUAGCGGCGGAGGAGGAAAAAGAGUUCGAAUUUGGAGAAGGAAGUGAGGAACAUAGCCAUAGUGGGCCACGCGAAGACAAGUCUAGUUCCGAAACCGGCACCAUUGGAGAUGAAGAUUCUACUGAAGAGAAAAAACUCGGAUCUGGCAAUGCUUCCGACGGAAACGGAAAUGCUGGCGGAGAAAAUGACGAUGCGGACCACGACCAUGACACCCAAACCACAGGAACUUCACAUCGCCAAGGCGGGAACUUGGUAUUCGCAAAUGAGAAAGACUUCCGAGCACGCGUCCGCACAGGAGUGCAGGCAAUGCUGAAUUUAGGUGACGGUGUGUUUUCUCUGGGAAUGAACGAGGCUGACGACGAUGCCACUGGCGAGGAGGAACCAGAAGCAGACCGGAGCGGUGGAGGCGCCGAGCAUGUGGAACGAAGCCAACAACUUCAGCCCUUUUCCCCCACUGCUUCUGCCUCCCUGGGCAGCACUGCACAGCUGCAACAACAGAGUUUUUCCCUGCAGGACUUCGUGAAGCAAAGAGUCGCGAACGCGCUCGGUUUGAAGGAAAAUCAGUCACUGGACACCUUUCUUGCGGAACGGGAUAAGAAAGCGGAAACUCAGUCGAAAUCCAAGUACGCGGUGCGGGAGGAGGUGAGCAAGCAAAUUGAGGAUUUGCGACGGGUGAUGGGGCAAAGUAUCAG